AUGGAUUUGUCUAACUUAUCGAGCGACUUGCCUUCGACACAAAAUUUGGAGCAGGUAUCUCUAUUGGAGCUCAACAAGGAGCUCACAUCGGAGUUCAAAAAUGCAGCAAAAUCCGUUGCUGCUCUAUAUAAUAGCACUGGCGAUACUAAGCAACAGAAAGCCCAGUUCGCAGAUGCUGCAAAGGCCGUGGCCUCGCUUUACAGGCUAGGUACUAACUCAAACGUAUUGCUGAUGCACAAGGGGUACCUCGAAUGUCUUGAUGACCUUUUAGGAGUCAUCACCAAUGGUGAAGAUAUUGAAAACUGGGCACUCACGAAAAGAGCCGAAGUAACGAAAAAUAACACCACGAAGGAAAGGCUACCAUCUUCGCAAGAAAUAGUCCAGGACGACUUACAUAUUCCACACGACUACGAGUUUUCGUUGCCACCUGAGCUUGCUCUGUCUUUGCAUUUUAGGCCCACGUUUGCUCCUUUAUCUGUAAACUACAGGCGGCCCAGAUCUCGAGACUCACGAAAACCUGACAAAAGAUCCCAUCGUAAACCGGUCACGUUGAAUCAUGAAGCGAGUCAGUCCUCCGACAAUGAGAGUGAGGGAACUGAACUGAGCGAGGAUGCGGAGACGAAGAAGAGAAGAGCUUUGCGCUCACUUCACGAUGCUGUGAAGAGGCGGAAACUUGACUCAUCCAGUGACAACGAAUAG